UUGUACUUAUCCUUUGACGUUAAUAUAUGUAUGGGUACCACCUUGUCCAAUACCAAAUUUAAUGUCGCUGUUUGGCUUCAGUAUAAAAAUUUACAAAACUUAAUACAAACAUAUUCAUAUAGCAUUAAUUAUAUAAUUUUACUUCACUGACCCCGGUAGUAAAUAGAUAAACUUUACCUAUUGAUGUAUCCAAUUCUUACGCCAUAUUAUCCAAUGUGCGCGUUUUAUCUUUUCUAUUUUUCAAAAACAGUUGUAAAUGUGGGCUCUUUGAUUUAAAUGUAAAUGUUAAGCUUUUAAUACAACCUGGAAAUAAAUCCAUAUAGGAUAAUAAUAUCAAAGAUACAGGAGGGAAAGGAAGGAACUUGAUGUAUUAAUGGCAUCCUCCGCGGCAAACGACAUAGGCGACAAACAAAAAGGACAAAACUACGUUCGGCUUAACUUGGUGGUUUUCAAACUUUCAACCCUUGUACUUAAAGCAAGGUUUGACCUAACUGUCCCACCAGGACCACAACUCCACCGAGAGAUUAACAAAUCCACAAAGAAAAUCAACAAUGGCAGAAGUAAAAAGCUUAUAAGCCAGAAGCAAUAUGAUUUGCUUUUCCCAAAAACUGGUCCUCCGAGCUCAGAAAAGUUCGAUAUCACUUUGUUGGUAUAUUUAUUGAAGAAUAUAUGCGGACUUGACGGCAAAUGUAAAUGGUGGGCUGAGAAAGACAACAAGAAUAUACCCGAAACUGAAGUUGGGGAAAUUGCAGAUAUUGUGCGAAUUCGAAAUGUUCGAAAUGAGAUUAAUCAUCUACAAAAAGCAAUUAUAGAUCAAAAGGCCUUCGAAGAAAAGUGGGACAUUACUGAAAAGGCAAUGUUGCGCUUAGGAGCGAUUUGUAAUUUGUCUGACUUGAAGAACGAAUUAGAUACAGUCAAGAAUCAGCCAUUCAAGACAAUUAAAGAAAUGAUGCAAUCUCACGGGUUUGAUGACGAUUACGGAUAUCUCGAUGACGACGAGGAAAUAUACGAUGAUAACUAUUAUGAUCACUUUGACGACUAUACGGAGGAAUACGAGCAUGAUAACAAUGAUUACAAUGAUUACGAUGAUCAUGAUGAUCACGAUAGUUACAAUGAUUAUGAUGAUUACGAUGAUCAUUAUGCUCACGAUGAUUACAAUGAUCACGAUGAUAACAAUGAUUUCGAUUAUUACAAUGAUCACGAUUAUCAUGAUGAUUACGCUGAUCAUGAUGCUCAUAAUGCUCAAGAUUAUUACAAUUAUUACAAUGAUCACGAUUAUUACGAUGAUUUCGAUUAUUACAAUGAUCACGAUGGUCAGGAUGAUCACGAUGAUGAUAAUGAUCACGAUGAUCAUGAUGAUAACGAUAAUUACAGUUAUAACAAUGGUCUCGAUGAUAACAAUGAUCACGAUGAUUACGAUGAUCAUGAUGCUCAAAAUGCUCAAGAUGAUUACAAUUAUUACAAUGAUCACGAUUAUUACGAUUAUAACAAUGAUCACGAUGGUCAGGAUGAUCACGAUGAUGACAAUGAUCACGAUGAUCAUGAUGAUCAUGAUAAUUACAAUGAUAACAAUUGUCACGAUAAUAAUAAUGAUCAUGAUGAUUACAAUUAUUACAAUGAUCACGAUGAUUACGAUGAUGAUAAUGCUCAAGAUGAUAACAAUUAUUACAAUGAUCACGAUUAUUACGAUUAUUACAAUGAUCACGAUUGUCAGGAUGAUGACGAUGAUGAUAAUGAUCACGAUGAUAACAAUUAUUACAAUGAUCACGAUUAUUACGAUUAUUACAAUGAUCACGAUUGUCAGGAUGAUGACGAUGAUCAUAAUGAUCACGAUGAUUACGGUUUCAUUUUAUUAUGAAAAUGAUCAAGAUAAUGGCGAUGAUGUUCAUGACUCUUAAUUUUUUUUUUGGUUUACUAUCUUUUUGAAGCAUUGGUAACGAUUAACGUAUACACGUACGGGAAUCUCAUUUUACGCGCGAGAAAUAUAAAUAGAAACCUUGUGUAACUUAUUCAAUUCAUAUUUAAAUUAUCAACCUUUCUUCUUGUAUUAAAAGUUAAUUAUAUAUUGAGUUGAAUUGUUAAGUAGCGUUGAUCUCAUUUUUACGGUAUUAACGUUAUGAAUUUAAAAAAAAAUACCAAUCAAUCAAUAAAUGGUUGAAAUUUGAAAA